UAAUAACUUAUAAAACAAAAAUAUCAUGUAGUAAGGCAUUGCUGAAAAGUUUUCUCUGAAGGUGCGUUGCAGGUGGCUGAUAGCACUUUGGAGUGAUGGCAGAAACAGCAAAUGAUAAUUUGAACUUGAAGAACACAGGAGGAUCUCUUCCUGUGCCGAAUGUUCAAUCACUUGCUGCUUCAAAGGAAUUCACUGAGAUUCCAGGAAGGUAUGUUAGGCCUGAGAUCAAUGACAGUCCUGUUCUGGAUAGUGUUGCCAAACAUGGUGAUAUUCCAAUCAUAGAUUUGAGUAGACUUGAUCAUCUUCAGCAUUCCAAUGAUGAGAUCCUAAAACUCAGUUUGGCUUGUGAAGACUGGGGAUUCUUCCAGGUCAUUAACCAUGGAGUUCCUGAUGAAGUGAUGGAGAAAGUGAAGGUUGUGAUCAAAGAGUUCUUUCAGUUACCUUUAGAGGAGAAGAAAGCUUAUAAACAACUUCCAGGCACUGUAGAAGGCUAUGGCCAAGUCUUUGUUGUAUCAGAGGAACAGAAAUUAGACUGGGGAGACAUGUACUUUCUUUCCACUGAACCAGUCUCUGGGAGGAACUUGAAACUCUGGGCUACAAAUCCACCCACAUUCAAGGAUGCAUUGGAGCAAUACACACAAGAAAUUCGAAGAGUUGCAAACAUUCUGUUGGAGUCUAUUGAGAAGAGUUUGAAACUCGAUAAAUUCUUCAGCAUGUUUGAAAGUGGAGUGCAAUCUGUAAGGAUUAACUAUUACCCUCCAUGUCCUCAAGCAAGCAAGGUGCUGGGACUAUCCCCACACUCUGAUGCUGUAGGUCUAACAGUGCUACUUCAAGUGAAUGAAGCUCAAGGAUUGCAGAUAAAAAAGAAUGGCGCUUGGCUUCCAAUCAAACCACUCCCUGGUGCUUUCAUUGUCAACAUUGGAGAUAUCAUUGAGAUAAUGAGCAAUGGGAAAUACAAGAGCAUUGAACACAGAGCUAUAGUAAACACAGACCGAGAACGCAUGUCGAUCGCUACAUUUCAUAGCCCGAGAGCAGAUGCACAAGUAGGACCACUUCCAGCGGCAGUAGAGAAAAACAAGCCACAUUACAAGACUAUUAGUUUCCAGGAUUAUGUCAGGAUGCUCUUUUCUUUCAAACUUGAAGGGAAGAACAUCUUGGAUCAUAUGAAACUAGAGGCUUAAUUACCUCUGGUGUUUCGUUAAGCACAUAUUUUAUUUGAUGCAAAUAAAAUACUGCAAUGCUAUCUUUUGCAUUAAAUAAUUGCUGAAUUUCUUCAGUCUUGCAAUCCAAACUGGUUGUCUUCAGGCUUUAUAUCUAAAGUGAUUGGUUUUUUGUUUUCCAUUCUAAA